AUGGCGGGGGCCCGGGGCUGCCCCCAGGCGGGCAGCGGGGAGCGGGCUCUGGCCGAGCUGCUGCUCGAGUUCUCUCGGGCGCAGUAUCGGGCCAAGGACGGGGGCGGCGGUGGGGCCGGGAGCAGCGCGAAGGUGGAGAGGAUUGAGAAGCGCUGCCUGGAGCUGUUUGGCAGGGACUAUUGCUACAGCCUGAUACAGAAUGUGAAUGGGGAAAUUUGUGGCCACUAUCCCCGGCAGAUCGUCUUCCUAGAGUACGAGAGCACUGACAGGGAGCGGAACAUGUUUGAGAGCACUGUGCAGGUCAGCAAACUGCAGGACCUCAUCAACCGCAGUAAAAUGGCCAGAUGUAGAGGACGAUUUGUCUGCCCGGUCAUUCUGUACAAGGGAAAGCAUGUCUGUAGGUCAGCGACCCUGGCUGGAUGGGGGGAACUGUAUGGACGUACUGGGUACAACUACAUUUUCUCAGGGGGCUCUGACGAUGCAUGGGCUGAUACCGAAGACCUUUCAGAAGAAGAUUCUGCAUUCAGGAAUGCAGACUCCCAGCUGUUUGACAAGGUCCGAGGACAUGACAUCAAGCUGCUUCGAUACCUGUCUAUCAGAUAUAUCUGUGACCUAAUGGUGGAGAACAAGAAAGUGAAGUUUGGCUUAAAUGUGACGUCUUCCGAGAAAGUGGACAAAGCUCAGCGCUAUGCUGAUUUUACCCUCCUCUCCAUCCCAUAUCCAGGCUGUGAAUUUUUUAAGGAGUACAAAGACCGGGAUUACAGAGCUGAGGGUCUCGUAUUUAACUGGAAGCAGGAUUACGUAGAUGCUCCAUUAAGUAUCCCAGUGUCUCUGACCCGGUCUUUGAACAUUGACUGGAGUGAGUACCAGAGCUGGGACCUGGUGCAACAGACACAGAACUACCUGAAGCUGCUGAUCUCACUCAUCAAUGGGGACGAUGACAGCGGGCUCCUGGUACACUGUAUAUCCGGCUGGGACCGAACCCCUCUCUUCGUCGCCCUCCUGCGCCUCUCCUUGUGGGCCGAUGGGCUUAUCCAUGCCUCGCUGGAGCCUGCGGAGAUUCUUUACCUGACAGUGGCCUAUGACUGGUUCCUUUUUGGGCACAUGUUGGUUGAUCGGCUCAGUAAAGGAGAAGAGAUUUUCUUUUUCUGCUUCAAUUUUCUGAAGCACAUCACCUCGGAGGAGUUCUCUGCUGUGAAGCUGCAGAGGAGGAAGAGCCUGCUGCCUGGCUUCACGGUGGAAGAAAUCUGCAUGCUCAGUGAGUGCAGUCCCGGAACGCCGGCCACUCCCCUGGAGCAGAGGGAUCGGGGCAGCACCACGAGCCUGAGCAGUGACUUCUCCCUAGUGCUGGAGAGUUCACCAGGAGCAGCCGGGAGCUUCACCUCUGAGGCUGUGGAGCUGAUGCCAGCUGGCGCACAGACCCAGGCCGCUUGGAAGAAGAGCCGCACAUCCUCUCCCCAAACGGUGCUCUGGAGUCGGACCCCACAGUCUGAAGACAGACCGCCUUACCAGGAAGCAAAGUCCUCUAGCUCCUCCUCCUCAAACCAUUCUGACACCUUCCUGAGGGUUGGAAGCAGCCCACUGGAGGUCCCGAAACCCAGAGUCUUCCAGCUCGUCAUUACGCUGAUCCGUGACUUCCCCAGGAACUCUGAGCACAGCUCUUCUAACGUGACAAGUCCUGUUCAUACUGGCUCCAGCCCUGGCUGCCUUGUGGAGACGGUUGUGUGUAAUGGGCUGAGUUGGACUCUUGUUCCCUUGGACAAUUGGAAUAUACAGGCUCCCACACAAGAGCAUGGGGUGGGGUGAACCUGGGCUGGACUCUGCAGCAGUAAAUACUGGAGCCAGGAGCACAGAGGAGAACAUCAGUAAUAAGGCUGAGGGGAUCAAGUCAGCUGUAUGCAGACAGCUGGAACCUCUCUCGGCCAGCAGCUCCAGCACAGAGUAGAGAUGUGCUUCCCUUGAUACAGAAGCAGCUUGGAUUUCCUCUCCACCCGUGUCCCCGAACGCCAGCUGUAAGCUCAUGUCUGGGUGACCCUGGGGAAAGGGGUGCAGUUGGCAGGGCAGCAGUUGAUCUAGUCCUCUGGAUCCAGUUACACUGCUCCAGCUCCCACUUCCCUGCUGAAUCCAGCCACGCCUUGGUCCAUACACGGCCUACUCCAGCUCCCACUUCCCUGCUGAAUCCAGCCAUGCCUUGGUCCAUACACAGCCUUCCGUCCUUCUCCAGGGAUUGAGCUGAUCACUCCUGGGCGAGCCGGGGGCAUGGUCCAAAUACACCCUCGUAAUUAGAGACUGACAUGGCUGGGGCCUUCGCCUUGGCCUGAACUCCAUGAAUGGUGUCUGCAUGUCCUAUUGCUCGGGAGAGGAAGGGAUUGCAUUGCCUCACUCAGCACUGCUGGUGCCUCCUCUCUGGCUACGUGAAUCCAGGUCACAUCCGGUCACAGAGGGUCUAUAACAAUCUCCAGCUGAAGUUCUACCUGGGGAUGGGGGGAACAUACAUUUGAAUGCAAAAUAGUCAAUAUUAUUAUUUCCUCUAUAGUGUGUUUCAUCAGUAGAUCUCAAAGUGCUUCCCACUCAUCAGUGUAUUUCUCCCUACACCGCCCUGUGAGAUGGGAGAACAUGACUCGCCCCAUUGUAUAAAGGGGGCCUGAGGCACACCCUACCUACUGACCUGUCCAUCCAGCAUCACUGCUGGAGGCAGAGGGGAGCAAGGAGGAAGCCCUUUCCCUUGGCCCCUUACGAACAGUGUUCAGCAGCCAGACACUUGGCUGGAGUCCGCUGACUGACUGCUGCCAGAAAUGCUCUUGUCUCUACAGCUGGAGGCUGGUUCCUGGGGAAGGUCUAAACUGAGGAAAUAACUGCACUUGACUUUCUAAUCCUCUGGCCAUGUGGUCAUGGCAACAAAACACUUAGCCACGCAGCAGCAGCAGGGGAGACAUGGACUGUUCUUAGUGGGCCAACAGCACUUCAAGCAGCUAAUCCCAGUUGUUCCAGGUGCAGCCAGAAUGGAGAGCAGAGUAAUGCCGACAGACGUGUAGUGGAGGAAGGGGAAGGGCACCAGGAUGACCCUUUAGGUGUUUCCACUGGGGCAUCCUCGAAGGAAAUGUUGCAUAUGUUACACUUGGCCAGUGUGUGGGCUUCUUCAGGGGCUGGAGCUUCUGUCAUA